GAGGUGCAGGAUGCGCGAGAGCCAAUGGGCACGCUCGGGGGAGCCGGGCUGGCAGCAGCGGCGGGCCGGGCGCGCACUGUCGGGAUGGAGGGCGAGCGCCUGGCAUCUCAGGGGCGCUCCUCCGGCCUCCCGGCUGGGGGCGCCACGGGGGAGAGCGCGGGGGUCGACGCCCCCCUCCCGGGCAGCAGCGGCUCCUCCGCCCUGCUGCAGGCCGAGGUGCUGGAUCUGGACGAGGACGAGGACGACCUGGAGGUGUUCAGUAAGGAUGCCUCACUGAUGGACAUGAAUUCCUUCAGCCCUAUGAUGCCAACAUCCCCUCUGUCAAUGAUAAACCAAAUCAAGUUUGAAGAUGAGCCAGAUUUGAAAGAUCUCUUCAUUACAGUUGAUGAACCUGAAAGCCAUGUUACCACGAUUGAGACUUUCAUUACUUACAGGAUUAUUACUAAGACAUCUCGUGGGGAAUUUGACUCCAGUGAAUUUGAAGUUAGGAGACGUUAUCAAGAUUUCCUUUGGUUGAAAGGAAAACUUGAAGAAGCACACCCCACUCUGAUUAUUCCACCAUUGCCUGAGAAGUUUAUCGUGAAAGGGAUGGUGGAACGGUUUAAUGAUGACUUCAUCGAGACGCGACGGAAGGCACUACAGAAAUUCCUGAACCGAAUUGCUGAUCAUCCAACUUUAACUUUUAAUGAAGACUUCAAAGUGUUUCUUACUGCACAAGCUUGGGAACUCUCUUCUCACAAGAAGCAAGGGCCUGGAUUACUCAGCAGGAUGGGGCAGACCGUCAGAGCUGUUGCGCUGUCAAUGAGAGGAGUGAAAAGCCGCCCAGAGGAGUUCAUGGAAAUGAAUAACUUUAUUGAAAUAUUUAGCCAGAAAAUAAAUUUGAUAGAUAAAAUAUCUCAGAGAAUUUACAAGGAACAAAGAGAAUAUUCUGAUGAAAUGAGAGAAUAUGGCCCAAUUCAUAUUCUGUGGUCAGCAUCAGAAGAAGACCUGGUUGAUACUCUAAAAGGGGUUGCCAGCUGCAUUGACAAAUGCUGUAAGGCCACUGAAAAACGGAUGUCUGGACUCUCGGAGGCCCUGCUUCCUGUUGUACAUGAGUAUGUACUUUAUAGUGAAAUGUUAAUGGGCGUUAUGAAAAGGAGAGACCAAACACAAGCAGAACUGGAUUCCAAAGUAGAAGCUUUGAUGUAUAAAAAGGCAGAUACUGAUCUGCUUACAGAAGAGAUUGGAAAACUGGAAGAUAAAGUGGAAUGCGCUAAUAAUGCCCUGAAAGCAGAUUGGGAAAGAUGGAAACACAAUAUGCAGAAUGAUAUCAAGUCAGCAUUUACAGAUAUGGCUGAGGAGAAUAUCCACUAUUAUGAACAGGGAGCAAGAUGAAGUUGCCUAACCUGGAACAGCCAGACUCUAAUUAUAUGAUUUCAACUCCCUGUUGUGAGAGAUCCCUGGAAAGGGAUAUCAAGACCGUUUUGCAAGAAGGAAACCAGCUAUGAAGCCUGGGUGGUGGUCAUGAAGGAUGCUCGUGUUGGGACAAAGGACCCAAUAAUCUGGUGCCAACCAGUCAUGCUUGAGAGGAAAAGCUGAGCUCCCUGACACGUUUGCAAAUUCUCUUUCAACUUGGCAAAACCCCUCUCAUCUCCUAACAGGACCUGGCCAACUUCCUGCGGAGGCAAUGAGUACUACAGCUGUGUAGUUUCUGUACAAUUGUUUACGUCAGCCUCUUGAAACACGCUGAACUGAGGUAGGUGGGAGGGCAUCUAUAAGUUUAGUCUUUAUCUCAAACUUCACCUUUGAUUUUGGAAUAAAGCCUGGGAAAAUGCU